AUGUGUGGGCGAUAUUCCCUUGGAGUGCGAAUGGCCUUUGUCCGACAGCGCAUGCAAGAACAAGGAAUGCAAAUCGACGAAGCGCCUGAGGACGACGAAAUCCGCCAAACAUACAACUUUGCUCCUGGCUACUAUGGCGCAGUAUAUCGCGCCGAUACUCCUGACCAUGGCCACGACGAGCCAUCUCAGUCAUCACAGAAUGACGAUGAAGGAGAAAACACAUCAUCUACUGCAAAGAACGCCCACCAAGCCACUACUAAGACGAAAUAUAAGCUUCAAAAAAUGCGCUGGGGUUUAAUACCCUUUUGGACAAAACGCCAACCCGACUACGGCUCCAUGAUGCGCACAAUCAACUGUCGCGACGACUCUCUGGCCGAAAAUAAGGGGAUGUGGACAUCCAUGAAGCGCAAGAAACGCUGCAUUAUAGUCUGUCAGGGAUUCUAUGAAUGGCUCAAAAAGGGGCCCGGCGGCAAAGAGAGAGUGCCGCAUUACACCAGACGCAAAGAUGGGGAUUUGAUGUAUUUUGCUGGAUUGUGGGAUUGUGUUCAAUAUGAAGGCUCCGACGAAAAGCUAUAUACAUAUACAAUCAUCACAACCGAUUCAAAUCCUUACCUCAAAUUCCUCCAUGACCGUAUGCCCAUCAUUCUCGAUCCGGGCAGCGAGCAGAUGUGGAAAUGGCUUGAUCCACAUCAAACAACAUGGACAAGAGAGCUCCAAUCAAUUCUCAAACCAUACGAGGGUGAAUUGGAAUGUUAUCCUGUAUCGAAGGAAGUGGGCAAAGUUGGGAAUGAUUCGCCAGAUUUUUUGGUGCCGGUUAAUAGUAAAGAGAAUAAGAAUAAUAUUGCCAACUUUUUUGCUAAUGCGAGCGCCAAAAAGGUGGCAGCGACGACGACGAAGAUAGAAGAGGAAUCAGAAUCAGGCAGUGGCGACAGCAGAGAGACGAUAGAUGCUGAAUGGAUAGAGGACAUGGCGCCCAAGCCCGUUCCUUCUCAGACCGAGGCUGAUAAUGAUGAAUCUUCAAUGAAGGAUCUCAAGAGAAAAUUACCUACAGACGACUCGAAACAUGAAACGAGCCCGCCCCCUACAAAAGUACAAAAGUUGCUAUCACCCGUCAAGGACAAAGAGCAAGAGCCAACCUUGCCCGGGAAUCGGAAGAUGAGAAGCGCAACCAGGAAUAAGAUUAUUGGCACAUCUUCGACGAAGUCCAAGGGUAGAGGCAAACAUGCUGCUAGUACCGCUGCCAAUAAGGGCUCGCAAAGGAUUACAGAUUUCUUCAAAAAUUGA